CUGAGGGAGGUCCCUGUUGAUACACACACAUGUACACCCACCGGACACAAACUCACACACACACACAUAUUGACAUCCACUGAGGAGAGUGGAGGUCUGCGAUCCAAAUUUAAAAGAGGCAUAUGUGUGCGUGUGCGUGUGUGCUGUGGACAGCACAGGAAAACAAUGUCCUCUUGCAUGGUGAAGUCCAGAAGUAGAAACCCAUAUGCAGCCGUUCAGGUGGACCCAGACAGCGCUUACAUCACUCCAGGAACAUUAGACCUGGAGCAGCUGUUCUGGACCGGCACCACAGCUCAUUACACACACUUCAACGAGGUCUGGCCAGAUGUCUACAUCGGGGAUGAGAAAACUGCUCUGGAGCGGCCUGGUCUGAAGGAUCUGGGGAUUACACAUAUCCUGAAUGCAGCAGAGGGAAAGUGGAAUAAUGUGCUGACUGGUGCUCAGUACUACAGAGACAUGGACAUCCAGUAUUAUGGUGUAGAGGCUGAUGACAAACCCACUUUCAACAUGUCCCAGUACUUCAGGCCUGCAGCAAAUUUCAUCCACGAGGCCCUCGCUCACCCACAGAACAAGGUCCUGGUGCACUGUGUGAUGGGCCGGAGCAGGUCAGCAACACUGGUCCUGGCAUACCUGAUGAUGAAACACAAUUUAACUGUAGUGGACGCAAUUGAGCAUGUGCGACAGCGCCGCUGUAUCCUGCCCAAUCACGGCUUCUUAAAACAGCUCAGAGCCCUGGACAUUUCACUGCAGGAGGAAAGGCUGAGACAAAAGAAAGAAACACAGGACCAACAGUAAAUAAUAAGAAAUGAACUUAAAAAUGUAUUCUGACUUAAUGUCAUGUUUUCAAGGAUAUUCUUUGGACAUUUGUUGUCUUUUCACUUGUCCUGUCAUUUUCCACCUGACCAUCUAAUGCCAUGUUUCAAACAUAAAAUAGCACCUCGCUCACAUGAUGAGCCAGUGUUGUGUGUAUACAAAACAGGCAACAUAGCAAAGAACCAAUGUGAAAUUGUGUUUUUAGGCACUUUGUUACAAAAACACACGUUUUAGUUGAAUCUGCUGCAGAUCUUUAAAAAAUAUGAAGAAAUCAUGAACAAACUGCUUCAUUUUUUAGCAUUGCAUUGAUCCCACACACACUGCCAGUGCCGUAAAAGCAUACCUGGAUUAAAAUAAAUAAAUAAAUGAGUAAUGGAUUGGCCUUUAAAUGUCCUUCAGAAGGCUGGAGAACGAUUCCUGCAGACUAACACCAGACGGACUGAAUUUUGUCGCCAUCUGCAGGACGUUAGUGAGUACUGCAAAUGUAUUACAAGAUCUCAGGGAGUGGCUCAAAACCUUUUGACCACAAAAACAAAGUGUUGGUUAUAGUAACUGAAGGGAAAAAACUCUGCUUUAGGUAUUAUCCAAACACUUCUACGUAAACAAAGGAAACCAUAACGAGCCAUGAGAGCGAAACCUCUGAAAUAUGAGCUGCACUUCACAUCGAGUUAGUAAUAAAAAAAAUA